AUGGCAGUUACGUUGUAUACUUUACUAGAGUCUAUUUUGCUGUUUAUAAAUGCACUGGCCAUUUUGAAUCAAGAAAGGUUUCUGAAGAGGAGUAAGUCAAAAUUAGGGGUAUUCCAACGCGUACUAAAGUUUAUCGUAGGUAAAUCCUAUCUUUCCUGUUUAGACCAUUGA